GAUGAUUAGCUGUAGUCAACAGUGAGAGAGACGAAACUCAAGACAUCUGGAGUGUCAGUCCCAGACUCACCAUGGCUUGGACAAAAUAUCAGCUCUUUCUCGCCGGUCUGAUGCUCACCACAGGCUCGAUUAACACAUUAUCCGCAAAGUCGUCUAUGCGUAUAAAGCUGGGUUAGGAAAAAGUAGUUUAACGUCAAAAACAUCACAUCACCUUUAUCUAAAUCUACUCACCUUCUAGAUGGGCUGAUAUGUUCUCUGCACCUGGAUGUCAUGGUGCCCCAAACCACACCUUCUCCCACCCCUUUGUGCAGGCUGUGGGAAUGUUUUUGGGAGAGCUGUCCUGCCUGGUGGUGUUCUACAUCCUCCUUUGUCAUGAUCGGCGCAAACCUGAGCCCACCAUGGAUCCAGGCGAAAGUUUCAACCCCCUUGUUUUCCUCCCUCCUGCGCUUUGUGACAUGACCGGAACCUCCAUCAUGUAUGUUGCACUGAAUAUGACCAGCGCCUCCAGUUUCCAGAUGCUGCGAGGAGCUGUAAUCAUCUUCACCGGACUGUUGUCUGUAGCAUUCUUAGGACGACGACUGCAGCCAAGCCAGUGGGUUGGAAUCCUAGUCACCAUCCUCGGGCUGGUGGUGGUUGGCCUGGCUGACUUUGUGAGCCGCCAUGGAGAUGACUCUCAUAAACUCAGUGAGGUUAUCACAGGGGACCUUUUGAUCAUCAUGGCACAGAUUAUUGUUGCAGUCCAGAUGGUCCUGGAGGAGAAGUUUGUUUACAAACACAAUGUGCAUCCUUUAAAAGCUGUUGGGACUGAGGGCAUUUUUGGAUUUUUCAUCCUGUCUAUCCUCCUCAUCCCGAUGUUCUACAUCCAUGUUGGCAGUUUUGCAGAUAACCCACGACAGGUCCUUGAGGACGCACUGGACGCCUUCUGUCAAAUAGGCCAUAAGCCUCUCAUCUUGCUGGCAUUGCUGGGCAACACUGUGAGCAUCGCCUUCUUUAACUUUGCGGGCAUCAGUGUCACUAAGGAGAUAAGUGCCACCACUCGCAUGGUACUUGACAGUCUGCGUACUCUAGUCAUCUGGGCUGUGAGUUUGGCACUGGGUUGGGAGGUAUUCCAUGGCCUACAGAUUCUGGGCUUCAUUAUCCUCCUCGUGGGUACAGCGCUGUACAAUGGACUCCACAAACCUUUGAUAGCCAAGCUGCCCUGCUAUUCUGCAGAGCAGAUAGCAGAAGAGGGAGAUGCCCCCGAAAGAGAGAGACUGCUUGGUGGGGAAAAAGCUGCACAGGAGAGCUAAUAUUGGACAAAAUGCUGCCUGCAAUGCCUUGCUCUUUGUGUGUGUGUGUGUGUGUGUGUGUGUGUUUAGGCAUUUACUUUGUUUUUAACAGGUAUUUCCAUUUUACGCACAGAACUGAAAUGAAUGAGUAGGUGAGUACUUCUAUUGUAAUCUUUGUCAAAAUCAGAUAAGAGAUGGAGUUUGUGGCAAAAGAGAAUCACAUUUUAGUAUUGUUUUAGAAGAGUUUGAAUCAACACACUGCUGACCUCAUCACUUUUUUUUUUUUUUUUUCUUCUCAACUGUAAAAAGUACAAAAAAUUUAAGAUUUUUAAAUGGUUUUGUAUACAAAGCAUUACUUUUAAAAAGGGAUGGAAACAACAUAGUUUAAAAAAAAAUAUUGUCAAUAUUUUAAAAUGUUGUUUUUUUUUAAUGCUGUUUUUAUAGGUUUUUAAAUUGAAAGCAAUUAUCUUUUUGCUAAUUUUUAAUGUGCUGUGUGACUACAUGUCCUGUUAUUUUACUUUAAUUUUAAUUGUGGAAUAUUUUUAAUCAUCUGUGAAAUGGGUUCAAUGUACUGACAGAAAAAGACUGUAAGAUUUUGGAGAGCUUUAAAUUUACAUUUGGCUUCUGAGAAUGUGAAAAUGAACAUUUAGUGUCAGCAAAAAUUCAUUUUUUUUUUCCUUAAAAUUACACAAAAAAGCAUCCUUUGCAAUAUGUUGUCCAUUCAUGUGCAUUGGAAUUUCAAUGGAGGAAUCAUAAAGAAGCAUAAAUUCCUUCUCACAUUCUCUUUAGAAACAUUUGCCCAUGUGGAUUAUGUAUAUAUGUAAGAUUCACUUAAAUGCACUGUGUUGGUAAUAAGACUUGUUAUUGAUUUUAGGUAUAAUUAAUUACAUGUAUUGAGACUUUUUUAAAUGCUUUCAGCUUCACUUUAUACUUACAUAUAGUUACUGUACUGUCUGCACUACAAAACAAUACCUGUAAAACACAACACUAGAUAUGAACCUACACUCUGUAUGGGCAUUACAUCCCAAUGCAAAGAUUAAAACAUAAACUGCAUUAAUAUGACUAAUUAAAACGCUAAUUUGACCGCA